AUGUCCAACAAACGCAGUCGGUCGCCUUCUAUUAUUGCUGAUAGUAGUGAAAAGCGUCCUUGUACAGAUCAAAAUAACUUAUUAACUGAAUUAACCCACGUCUUAAAUCAAAUUAAUUCAACACCAUCUUCGGGUGAAAUCUCUGCUGAAUUGAUGGAGACAUUCAAGAUCCUCUUAUUAGAGAUUGAACAAUUAUCAGCUGAUGAAAGCAAUCAAGAAGCAAGAUUGGUAAAGUACGAAAGCGACCGAUGCUUAGAAUCCUGGUUUGAUGAUUUGCUCGAGCGCUGUGGUGACGAGCUAGACUGGGAUGACCUAGCACUUGCUUUAGCUCUAGAGGAAGAAGAAGAAGAAGACAUUGUUAAAGUAGUUCAGGAAGAAGAAGACGAUGAAGAUGAAGAAAUCAUUAUUGUAGAUGAUGAAGAUACACCUGUGCAGCGACUUGCAGUCUCAUAG